AGGGUCCUCGUAGCUUUAGAUAUUUGUUUUUUCGGUGAUUUUAGUGGGCAUAUCCCGUUGCGUUGUUCGUCUGAUGGUGGAGUACCUCUUAUGGACACAGUGACUCAGGUUUGGUCUUUUAUCGUAUUGCUUUUCUGACUAUAUUUGAGGAUUUCACCGAGUUAUCGUUUUUUGGUUCUUUAAGUUUUAGGUCAUGGUUUGAUUAAGAAACAUCGAAGCAGGUGUUCCUAGUUACUAGUCAGUGCCAGUGCUUGUCAUCCAUCACCAUCGGCUUAUUCAUAGAGAAGGAGCUGCUUCAUUUUCGCCUAGGGUAUCUCCUCGAGACUAAAAGCUUAAAUUUGUAAGGGAGUAGUAAUCAUUUUUUACCAAUCGCGUAGUUUUUGGGAAUCAUCAAUAUUCACGUGGUCGCACUCUUCUUUGUUGCGUUCUUUGUUAGCUGCAAAAUUUCAAUCAUGAAUAGCCCGUCUGUCGCAUUCGAUUCCGAAGUAGAGGUGCAGCCUUUUGAACGGACUCAGACAUCAGGCUCAGAAGGCUCUUACAAGCAGGAGCCUCGUCCUGUGAUUUGCAUUUAUGCGGGGUUCAACAGUGACGAAACUUGGUAUCCGCUACCGCUCGAAGCAGAUCGUGCCGACUAUACGGUCGGCGAUUUGCGUGCAUUCAUCGCGAAUAGGCUACAUCUCCCUCCUUGGGCCUUUCGUCUCUUUGCUGGCUUCUGGGAGGACGAGCGGAGUUUCAUUGACUGGGGAGAUGAUGCGGAAGAUAGUAAUUAUGGACUGUUUUGUGAGGCAGUUGACGACGAGGCCUUCUUCGUGUUGGGAGACGAGCAGGAGUGGGAGAUCUUAGCGGAUCGCGAUGAUGAAAGGUUGCUGACGAAAUGGGUGGAACGCGUUGUAAGACGCCGACAUGGAGGUCUCGAGAGGAACAGUGCGUGCUUUGCAGAACAUUCAACCUUUGAAGAUCAGGACCAUGGCGAAAUGUCUGAAAAUGAUGCUGGAACUUCUUCCUCGCCUGAGAUUGGGCGUCUCGUGUACUUUCGCUAUAUGAAAGAAUUGCUUCCUGCCAGGGGCGACCGAUGGAGCAUAUGGGAGAUUAUUGACGAUCUAAAGCAUUCGCACGACACCUUCUGCAGUGCGCGUGGCGUAGCACCAAGCCCAGUGAGUCAGGAGGGUUUUUUCGGAUGGUUCCAUCACUGCGGCAGUCCGUGUCGUGGCUCUCAAAGCUUCGAAUAUUUGAACUGCUUCAAUUAUGAGUGCGUAGGGUGGGCAUGUCCAUGUCCGCGCAGAGAGAACUGUUCUUGCUGCAGCAGUAAUAGCGGGCGUGGCUGCGGUGUGGCUUUCAAUCUAGUGAAAGAGGCCGCAGCCCGUGUAAAUUGUCAUGUAGUGCGGCCCGAGAAAUAUGCGCUCACGCGAGGGACAGGUCUCCGGUUACUGGAAUGGAGGGCAGUUCAGGAUGAUUGGACUGCCUAUUCCUGUGCUCGAAACUUCUGUCCGUCAGAGGAAGGUAAAAAGAAUAGAGACGAGUUUCGAGAAAUGAUGACUAUCCAGCAGAGGACGCAAAAUUCACAUCAGAAAAAGAGGAUCAGGAGUUGUUUUCUCUCCAUGGCUCAUCUGAAAAAAAUGCAGAGGCUGUGCGGCGCAUACUGGCGCAAACCAUCUUCGGUGCCCCCGGAUUUGCGUGAUGUUGUCCCUAUGGUGAUUCUACCGUAUUUCGAGGAGGGUAUCGAUACUGCAGAAAACUUCGCGCAGGUUCGUGCAAACAUGCGUUUUUUCGUUGUGGAUCGGUAUCUCUCGCGAGCAAGCCGUGCUUCAUCAUUUGAGAAUGAUUCCGUGACAACGUUCACUGAGAAUUCUCAUGCUGCCUACGAUCCUGCUUUCCCGUACAUUCGCCGAGUGCGGGCUUACGAGUAUAUUAAGCUCCGACGAGUGCCUGGCGAUUGUCGAUAUUGGAAUUCUCCGCGGGUUAUCGAGCACGGCUCCACGCCCGUCCAGGUGCACUCCCUAACAAGUGACAGCCACGUGAAGAGCUGCGCGUCGUGUCGCCGCGCGGUUUGGAGUGAGUACCUUUCGCAACAGGAUGUCGGCCUGCCUGGUAUCAGCGGAGUUGAGAAGAGACCUCUGCAGGGUGGCUACUGGAGACUUCGGUGGACGCGUGAGUACUGUGAGUCUCGGUUCGAAGUGCCUGCGCACAUGGACGAGCCGCCACGUAGCAGGAGCUCCUCUGUGCCACAGCCCCGAAGGUCGCGUAGCUCGACGAAGUCGGAGUUGCCGGUGUUUUUUCACCGCAUUCACUAUGCCCAACCAGUGCGUGCGACGUGUCCGAUGCAUGAACAGCCGCUGAGCAGCAGGACGGCCGUGGAGCAGCGGCUGGCCACGCAGUGGACAAGGCUGCGGGCACACGGCGCUGCAAUGGACGCGGUGGAAUUUCUAAAGAAAGGCGACCGGCUAGAACAGGGUGACGCUGAUGUGAGUUUACGAACUCGGGCUUUAGAUCGGGAGGCUGACUGCAUUUACCGACAUGCAGAAGCUCUUCCCUCUGAAACGCGGACUAAAACAUUCGCUAGCCACGAAAAACGGCAUUUCGUGUGCCGAAAAAGUACUAAUUGGUUGGAGCCGGAGUGCACACAUGGAGGCGUUCGAAAGUCGCCCUGGUGGCCAGAUGAUGCGGAGCGGUUCAAGCGUGCAUAUGCUCGAAAGUUUGACUAUAGCGACAACAGUGAUCGGAUUCCGUCUGAGCUCGAAGACAGCAGCGACGAUGACUAUCGUGCACCCCAAAGACGGAGACUCUAUGAUAAUAAUAUCUACGAGAUGCAUGACACUUGGUACCACGCUUGGCACCUCUUAA